ACUGUCAUUGUCAACACAGCGUUCACGAGUGGAGAUAAUUUUCAUUCAUUUCUAUCCAAUGUUUGUUCGCUUCGCUCGAGCAAGUCACACAGUAGUUUCGUUAGACGCUGUUCGUGUCGUGAUACGACCAUGAAUUAUAUCAGCUAAACAAUGCUAUCGAACUCAUAUCUCUGCAGGAUAAUCUUAAGACGAUAAAAACAUUAUGAAGUUACUGUUUCUAUUUCGUUCGUAGACUCUGUUAAAAUAAUCAAAUAGCCAAAGUGUUGCGGUGAAGAUAUUUUUGUGAAAAUGAGACAUGCAUUCGACCGAAAUGCAAAAAAGUGUAUCAGUGCAAGUAGAUAGUGAUUUCGCCUUAUUACUGCCCAGCGGUGCCUAUGAAAUAAAGAAAAUGGAGCCAAGAUCGAAGUUGCGGAGGGUGAUACUGUUCUGUUUACUACUUUCACUGUUUGGGAUGGUGGCGUUUGGAUAUUUCUGCCCUGAUCAGGUGUGCGCUUUGUCGGCACGGGAACGGGUGUCGGAGUCUCUGGCACUGUCGUACGCGGAGGCGCCAGGGCGGCCGCUGCCCGACGUGAUGGCGCAGCCCGGCCUCUCCUACGACGAGGUGCUCCACGACGACUUCAGGUUCGACCUCGACGCGCACGACGUCAUGGUCUUCCUCCACAUACAGAAGACCGGCGGCACCUCCUUCGGGAAACACCUCGUCAUGGACCUUGAUCUCAAGAGGCCGUGUAACUGUCAGCGAGCGCGAAAACGCUGCCAUUGUUUUCGGCCUCACAGCAACGAAAUAUGGCUCUUUUCGAGAUACUCCACCGGCUGGAAAUGCGGUCUACACGCAGACUUCACGGAGCUGACGGCAUGCGUGGGCGGCGAACUGGACAGGCAUGAAGGCUCCGCCGUGCACCGCCGGUACUUCUACAUCACGCUGCUGCGGGAACCCGUUGCCAGGUACUUGUCGGAGUACCGACACGUGAAACGCGGGGCCACGUGGAAAGGUUCCCGGCACUGGUGUCAAGGCCGCACCGCUUCAGCGUCGGAGGUGCCUGCGUGUUACACGGGCGAGUCAUGGCGGGGCGUGACGCUGGAAGAGUUCGCUUCAUGUCCGUGGAACCUGGCCAACAACCGGCAGACGAGGAUGUUGGCUGACCUAGCGCUGGUAGGGUGCUACAAUGGCACCCUGCGGCACCGCAGCGCGGAGACUGAACGAGUGCUCCUGGCCUCGGCUAAGAGAAACCUCGCCGCGAUGGCGUACUUCGGACUCACCGAGUUUCAGAAGAUAUCGCAGUACGUGUUCGAAGAGACGUUCAACCUACGGUUCGCAGUGCCGUUCACGCAACACAACGCGACGGUGUCAGGCGCAACGCUCGCCGCACUGUCGCCGGCGCAGGUCGCGCACAUCAGGCGGCUCAACGCGCUCGAUCUAGAACUCUACGAGUUUGCUAAGAACCUCAUGUUUAAAAGAUUCGAAGCGUUAAAAAUGCGCGAUUCCGACUUCGAAUUCCGGUGGCGACAUCUAGGCGAAGUGGCUCCCCGCAACGGGGUGACGGAGUUCGACUGGGACAGCAACUUAGAAGACGCCACCACGGAGAAGUACCGAGGCAAGUAACUCGCGCGCUCAUCCAGCUGAGAACGAACCUAUCACCUACCCUAGUGCGGACACCUAGUCAUAAACAGUCGUAUAAACUCCAAGCUGUAACAAUAACCCCGUCUCUAUCUCUCCUGUGGUACAGACAGGCAGAGGAAACGAGACAGCUUAUCUGAAACAGUAAAGUUUAUCUAUCUCAAUUAUACGGUAGGAUUACACCAGCCAUAAAAGCUGACACGACAUUAAACUUGACUUUAAUUACAAGUGUACAAAUAAUACGUUUAUUUGUCUCAAACGACAAUUUUGUGGUUAGAUGGACUUGUCUAUAAAUUAUGUCUAUAAAGCCUUAGUUGUUCAUUUACCGCUCGCUCUCCGAAUACUCAACAGCACUUAAAUUUUGAUAACAUCCUAAAAGUUUUGUAAUUCCAAGUUAAUACAAUUUUCACAGUUGGCAGCAUGCGUGGCUGUCUACUUUAACGAUAAUGAAAAUUUUAAUUGUUGUUGGAGUGUGCGAAACGUAGCAAUCCUGUAUGCGCGCCGGCAGCUUUUUGAACCUGUUGAGUGAAUCAAGUGGACGAGGACUCCACGUAUUGUGCUAUAAAUCCAUCCCUUGUAAUUAUAUCUCUAUAUUUAUAUUAGUACAUUAGUCUGUUGUUGAAUGAAUGUUGAAGUUUGAUAGAAACAGGGUAGGCAAUGCAUCUAGGAUGAACCCAACGAACUGUAGCUUAGGAUGUGCCGUUCCACCAGUGAAUCGUGACCACUAGGGGCGAAAUAUAAUAAAAAAAGAAAACUUAUUGCUCAAAUAUUUGGACGAUAGUAAUACGGUGUUGGCUUUUAAUAAUUAUUUUUUACAUAGCGAUAGUUUCCUCACGAUUCACUGAUUGAACCAUAAUUUAUUGGUAACUUGUAUCAUGCUAUUGUACAUAUUGAAUUAUGUAACAUACAUAGUCACAAGUAGAUAUUAUCAGAGUGUUUAACAAUCAGUUGAAACCUGUUGAGACCGUUCACUCUUACACGUAGGCUAGAAUAGAGAGACUAACAGAAAUUAUUUUAGUAAACGAAAUGUUGUAACAAAGCCGCAGCUAUUUGCUUUGGAAACAAUUGGUGUAAUAUAAGAACAAGGAAAUAAUUCUCAUUUAAUUACCAAAGAACAAAAUUGAGUGCUAUACAAAACGUUUCAAGUUGGGCAAAUCGAUUUAAGUGUGUACAUAGUCUUUACCAGAAUGUAGUUCUUUAUUUUAAGCGAAUUGAGUGUAUUGUGUUCUAUGUGUUAAUCAAUGGUAUGUGUUCGUAAGUGAAUAUAUGUUGAAAUCGGAUUAUUUUAUACAAGAUCGAUUUAUAUACGUAACGUCGACAUGGGCGAUCUCUCAGUUGAAGUCGUAAAAUUUAAAAUAGUUGUUACAUUUUGUACUAGCGUAAGUUGGAGUACUCUUUAUUUGCCUUUAUAUUUUAUAGAGCUAGUUAUUCAUAGUACAACGUUUACUUUUUUGUGUUUACGUUAUGUACGGCGAAUUGGAGAGUGUAUCUAGUGAGCUCUUUAGUUUAUAUAUAAGGUAUUCUUCCUGAAGUUUUAACUUGAUUUACUUUAGUAACAAAUUUCGCGUUGCCUAAAUUCAGAAAUCCAAUUUAUAAAUUGUCAUUUAAUACGAUUACGCGAGCGCCAAGCCAAUAUCUCUGCGUAGCACGCUUAUACGGGGACCGGAGCGUCCUAAAAGAAUUUUAUAUCGAAAUUGGGGAUGUCGAAAAGUGUCAAAUGAUAAUUUAUGGAGGAAGGCGGGCCAGCUCGGACAGCAGCGCCAUUUUGCGCCGGAUAAUGCCGUUUGACACAACGCGUCAUUAUGGACGUGUUUUUCUCGUACGGCUGAAAGCAAUUUGACAUAACAGCGCGAGGAAAACAAAUUCCCGUGAUGAGAAAACCCAUAUCAAACCCCUAUUUGACGGCAGCAGGUAGAAGCAGCAUUAUAUAACAAAAAUAUUGCGAAUGAAACUCGCAGAAUGUAUUCAUUUGGGGAAUCUUUUUUCUUUGAGCAUACCAACAAAUAGCCGGCCGAAUGCAACGCGUCCGGUUUAAUAUUCGGAAAACUAUGUAACCCGGCUCGACCCCGGUAAUUCCCAAGCGCCGCAUGACAAAUUAAACAUUUUUCAUUUAAACGGUGCGAAUAAUUCGUCAACUUAUUCCUGUGUGAAACAUUUCUGUCUGCGAGCGUAGCGUAGGCGGCGUACCACGUGCAUUUGUUCAGUGCAUUUUUGUAAUAACUCCUUUCCGUCUCGAUGCUCUUUGUGAAUACAGGGAAUGGGUUUUAUUUAUGAGGACCCUUUCAUAUGGACGCUCCCCGUUAGUGUUACGAGAACGUUUGGGUUCUUUCGCAAUAUUGUAAAAUUGUUUACUGGAUAUAUUGUACAAAACUUUGCCUUGUUUUUGCUAGCUUUGUAAACUUUUGUUUAUAAUGUUUAUUUGCCUUCACGGCAUCGAGACGAGAGUAUUGCAGUGGAGUCUAAUGAGUACGUGUAGGUAGAUGUUCCUGGUGUUAGCGGGUGGCCUUGUGCCGUCUCUUGACAAUAAUUUCUCACUUCCAUCGACACCUGUACUGUCGAGGCAACGCCAGUCGCGAAUCACUUUUUCAAAUAAUCGUGUUUAAUAAAAAAACCUUUUCAAAUUUAACCAUAAGGUCCAAAAUAAAAAUAAUACCUGAUGUAUAUAGUUUAUAAACUAAAUCAAUUUUCAAAAAAUCUAAAUGAAUUUAUAUCAAACUCGAUUUUUUAUAAUCGCGACUGACGAUGGCUUCCAGUGUUAGUUGUAUUUAGAUAUCUUAUUGUAUUUAAAAGACAUUUCUCUUUUCGUAUUUUUAUUAUUUGCAUUGUAUUUUUACUUUACUGAAUAUUUUAUGAAAUCGACGCUAUUAUCUAAUGUGUUUAUAAGAUCGGAAGUAAUUUUAGUAGUAAGUGUAACUACGUUUUUUUUCUGUGUGAAUUUAAGCCCUGUGAUAUGAAAUUGCACCCUACUGUGUUUUUGUUCUAAACUUGGUCCUUAGUUACAUACAAAGUUACAACAUACUAAAGUAGAAAUCAUUUGAAAUUCGAACGUCUCUAUGUACUGCGGGGAGGGUCCUUCUUAACUUUACUUCUGUGCGAAAUCAAACCUUGUAAUCAAUUUUAUUUAGGUAUACUUCGUUAUUUACCUAGGCACUUUUGCCAAACAUUUAAGCAGUUGCUCGUUCCGACAGAAACGAUUGUUUUAGGUUACAGUUACACUACUAUUUUGACCAUUAUCACGUACCACAUACGUUUGCAUAUAUCAAUGCCACCUCUAGUAACUUUGCGUGUAACUACAGGACCGUACGAAAUGCUGCAUUUUACGCUUAGUUGUAAAUAGAAUUGGUGGAAGUUGUACAAGCGGUUGACAUAAUACAAGUUGUGUACGAUAAACUUUGCGCAUGUUAGGUGUCUUGUCGACUGCAGGCGAUACGGCGAGUUACCUAACUCGCAAGGUGUACGAAGUUCUCGACAUGUAGGCACUUUCGCGGGUCGAGAUACCUUCAUGUCUUUACCUUACUCCUAAGGCCUGUUUUCUGCGGGCAAAUGCGAGUUUGGAUAAGAAGCAUUUUACAUAAAAUAGCAUAUAUACAUACACCGCUAUAUCGAUUUAACAAGCGCUAGCUGUGAUUGCGUGUGGGUUGUGAGGUGGAUUACCAACCCCAUCAACCCUGGUGUCCGGGUUACUAUUGACCCGCCAAAGGCUCCUGACAUGGCUCAUGUAACGACCACUACAUCAGUAAGUAGUAACCGGGACCAACGGCUUAACGUGCCUUCCGAAGCAAGGAUCAUCUUUCUUUCGGACAAUCAGGUGAUCAGCCUGUAAUGUCCUAUAACCAAACUAGGGAUCACAAAGUGAUUUUUGUGAUGUGUCCCUACCGGGAUUCGAACCCGGGACCCCCGGAUCGUGAGCCCAACGCUCAAACCACUGGACCACGGAUACCGCUAAUAAAAUAAAUUGAAGUAAUUAAUGACGUGGACAGAUUUAUAAUAAGAUCGUUGACUCGGUAAAACGAUCGUGGACUCGGGUUCUUACCGCGUUUGAAUCAGGGAUAUGAGACUCCCGAUAUUUCGACACUGUAAAACAUUUCGUUUUGUGCAUAUAUCGGUCCCACGGGCUAUGCUCCUGCGGCAUCUCAAUAAUAAGUACUCUUUGGUUACUAGUAUCGAAUCUACGUUGAAGUUCAAUUUAGUCUUAAUGCAUGUUGAACAAGAAAAAUAAAAAAUAAUACCGCCUUAUCGCCUGCAUUCGCACAACCCGUAGUGGUUAGAGAACGUUGUGAACUUGGCAUUACGGACUGACUUGCAGUAACUUGUAUUGUGUUCACUUGUCUCACAAUAAGCUAAGGGUGCAUAUGCCAUACAACCAGUUAGCCAUAUAGCAGUGGAGACAGGAACAAUAGUGCUGAAUAACUUGACGAGAAAAGUAUUGAACUACACGAUAUUUAAAGUCCUGGGAGGUUAAAAAGCAUCGAAGCAAUUCAUCUAAAAAAACAAUUUUGCUUUGGACAUUUGCGCAUAUAAAAGUAAGUGCGCAAUGCAAACAAAUUGCAAACGAAUUGCUUCGAUAUAGCCUUUUUAACCUCCCUUUCUUUAAUGUAACUUAAAUGUAAUAUCGUAGAAGUUAUGCUACAGUCACGUGAAUCUUGUGAAUAGGGCUCUAAAUAUCGUAUUGGUAAAUACGUCCUUAAACUCAAUGUACACAGAGGCGAUAAUGCAAGGUUUGCGGCACAUUGUGGACACUCCAUACAAAAAUUUCAUUCUUAUCGUGUGCCGCGUAAGUGCGAGCGAGGCAGACAAUUCGCGGGCUUCCUCUUAAUCCUUAGCGGCUUACAGCCAUUUAGACUAAAGUAAUACCUAGAGCCUAUAAUCAUCAAUCCGCACUGGGCCCGCGUGAAGGCCCGAUCUCCCUAUCCAUCCAUAGGGAAGGCCCGUGCCCCAGCAGUGGGGACGUUAAUGGGCUGAUACCUAGAGGGGGUAAGGUAAAUCUGUCUCGGUGCCCAAUAGGAAUUGUCCGAGCCCGGAACGCUCUCAAUGCCGUCUCUGUGUGUAGCCAGCUUUAAUAUGCAAAAUAUAUUGUAAAAACAUUCUGAAAGUACAUUAAGCAUAGAGAAAAGUUAGUGUGUAAUAAUUUGUAAAUAAACGUUUUUUUUUUUGCAUGAUAGUAAGUUGGUAUCAAAGUCGUGGCCAGAACGUAGAAUUGAUCAUUUCAUGAUAUGCUCGAUCAUUUCAUCUGGCCACGACAUCAACACUGCCCUAUUUUUCCUGUCGCCGUCUACAUUCUAAACUAGACUAUAGCUAGGUACAUACUAUUCUAUAUUAGCACGCCGUCGGUGCAUACACGUUGUACCAAAUUUAGUGUUUAGUUUUUUAAGUUCCCGACUGAACCAAAACAUAGUACGUUAUGUUUUUUUAACGAACACUGAGUAAUAAAACAAACGAAACUA